AUGAACCGGUUCACCCAGGCCUCGGACCGCCCAGCAGCUACGCAGCUGCUCGAGCGGCCGCACGGUUACCGACCUGAGAAGAUGCAGAGGCUGCUGGCCCGGGCCGAGAAAAAAAGUGGCCGGCAAAGGGGAUGUCCCCACCCAGGGGCCCCCGGUCCUCCAAGUGGAGUGAACACUGCCACCACCCUGGUGGAGCACAAGAAGGCCCCACUGGUCGUCACGGCACAUGACGUGGACCCCAGGGAGCCGGUGGUCUUCCUGCCCGCCCUGUGCCGGAAGGUGGGGGUCCCCUACUGCAUCAUCAAGGGGGAGGCCAGGGUGGGGCGUCUGGCCCACAGGAAGCCCUGCACCACUGUCACCUGCACACAGGUUGACUCAGAGGAAAAAGGAGCUCUGGCCGAGCUGGUGGGGGCUCCCGGACCAACCACAAUGACAUACAAUGACACCCACCACCACUGGGCAGUCAGCAUGCCGGGUCCCAUGUCAGCUGCUCGCAUCGCCCAGCUGGACAAGGCCACGGCUAAAGAACUGGCCACCAAGCUGGGCUGA